GGGGAUGGUGGUGGGCAGAAGGCUGCUUCUCUUCCCCCUCCUUCCUUCCCUGAGCAUUUCUGCGAAUUUGUUGGCUUUGAUGCCCAGCAGCUCAUACAGUGAAAUGAAGGUUGAGGUUGGCAUGAAAUGAAAUGGUAGAAAUGAUUAUUCCUGGUAGCGUGUUCUAUUACUGUUAAUAAUAUAAAGACAAUUGCCUGCCUCUCAAGACUCCCGCACAUGGGUAACGGAUAGUUAUUUCUCCCCGGAAUCAGACACAUAGCGAUGGGGGAACUGGAGUGUUUUAUUAGUGGUUGUCCUGCACAUCCCCAGGGUAACUCGGUUGAGACAUGGAUUUAUUUAUUUUUUUCCUCUUGCUUGAAGGGUAACUUUUAAUUAUAUCCAUCAAAUGUCAGUGUAGUUCGGGCUUGCAAAAUUCAUUUCCUCCCACCUUUUCCCCACCGUACAUCCCCAUCCGUUAAAUUUUUGGACAGAUGCGGCAUCUUAGGAUCCGAAGGGAUGUUAAAAAUGAACUCCUCAGCUUACUCUACUUCUUUAUGUCUCCCAAGUCUCUUUCUCACCUUAAAAAUGGGAAUAAUAUUCUGUACUCCUCUCAGUGGAUAGUUUCGAGCACCGAAAGGAACCUAGUUUGAUGGAAGCCCUCUGGGGAGAACAGAGUUACCAGGCAGGCUUUAAAUUUGAGACAGUUCGCCAUCUUUUGGUCCAGUGUCUGAAUCCUGUGUUUUUACAGCUCAGAGCUGCCUUUCCCUUCUUAGAACUCUCCCAUCAAGGUGGCCUCAGGAACCCUCAGGUUCUGGAUUCCUUCUUACCGGGUCGAGAUUGUACGUCCAGUUGGGGAACCCAGAGCUGUGGCCAUGUGGCUAAUCUCAGCAUCCAAAAGAGAACUCAGUUUUCCUCUGUGGGAAGUGGGGUGCUACAGGGAUCUUGGGAGGGGUGUGCCCAUCCCUGCGUACAGUGUGAGGCUGUAACUGAGGCUCGUACGUGGUUCAGAAAGCAGGGCACUCCUCCCGCAGGGUAAGAGGAACCACAGGAUGAGUCUCUCCCGUGGCCGUGGGCGCUCAGGCUUAGCCCCCAGUAUGCGGACUGCGAGCUGUCUUCGGGGUGGUCCUCAUCGCCCAGCCCGGGCUGCAUUGCAUCUGAAGCAGAGAUGGGGUGGGUCGCCUCGGUGCCGAAGGCCUCUUGUCAGGCUAGUCAGCCGUAGCCGACUUGCCCUUUCUCUGCCUGUUGGAGGGAGCAGGGCUUGCUGUGAUCAGCGGGCCUCCAGCAACCUGCCUCCUGGCCCCACGCUUGGGAGCCGUGGCUUCUGCGUCUGGUUCCCGAGGACACCUCAUGGUGAAGGUGGAGCGAGCCACACGGCGGAGGGGGUUGGCAGGGCUACUGAGCCUGGCACUGUGCCGAAAGCAGGGCUGCGUGUAGACCUCAGGACGGGCUGGCCUGUGUAUUUAUUUAGAAGUAUUUCUAGAGGGUAACCUCACUGGCUAAAAAGCGUGUCUGAACAAGAGCCCCGUUGUUUGUUCGAGCCCCGUUGCCCUGGCAGGAUGCAGACUCAGGUGGCCUGUUGGUCGGGCCUUGGGCUCGGCGGGGCCCGGAGGGCGGGGCCCAGCUCCCUCCUGGCCGCCCGGUGCCAAGUCCAGGAAAAGGCUGCCCAUCCGUCCCUGCGGGCGGUGUGAUUGGGCAACCCGGGGAGCAGAGGACGCUCGUCGGUGGCAUGGAUUCCGUUCCACGCCCGCCCUCGCCUCCCCUCCCCAGCCUUGGGAGGGAAACAUGCCCUCCGGGAGACACCCAGACCCGACAAAGAGAACUCUGUUGGAGCUGGAGUAUCUCCAGAUGAAAUGGCCACUGCUUGAUGUCCAGGCGGGGACCCUCCAGAGCAGACAAGCCCUCAAGGAUGCCCGCUCUCCGUCGCCGGCACACAUUGUCCAGUGCCCCCUCCCUUGCUGCACUCAGGGACAUGACUGUCAGCACUUCUACCCCCCCUCAGACUUCACUGUCAGCACUCAAGUCUUCAGGGACAUGAAAAGGAGCCACUCCUUACACAAGGUUGGGGAGCCCUGGUGUUUGGAGUCGAACAAAGUGCCGGUCGUGCAGCACCCUCACCAUGUUCACCCUCUCACGCCGCUCAUCACGUACAGCAAUGAGCACUUCACCCCGGGAAACCCACCUCCACACUUACCUGCUGACGUUGACCCCAAAACAGGAAUCCCACGGCCUCCACACCCUCCAGAUAUAUCUCCGUACUACCCGCUAUCGCCUGGCACCGUAGGACAAAUCCCCCAUCCGCUAGGAUGGUUAGUACCACAGCAAGGUCAGCCAGUGUACCCAAUCACGACAGGAGGAUUCCGUCACCCCUACCCCACAGCUCUGACUGUCAACGCUUCCAUGUCCAGCUUCCUGUCUUCCAGGUUCCCUCCCCAUAUGGUCCCACCACAUCACACUCUACAUACGACCGGCAUCCCCCACCCGGCCAUAGUCACGCCAACAGUCAAACAGGAAUCCUCCCAGAGUGACGUCGGCUCACUCCACAGCUCAAAGCAUCAGGACUCCAAAAAGGAAGAAGAAAAGAAGAAGCCCCACAUAAAGAAACCUCUUAACGCGUUCAUGUUGUAUAUGAAGGAAAUGAGGGCAAAGGUCGUGGCAGAGUGCACGUUGAAAGAAAGCGCGGCCAUCAACCAGAUCCUGGGGCGAAGGUGGCACGCACUGUCCAGAGAAGAGCAAGCAAAGUACUACGAGCUGGCCCGGAAGGAGCGACAGCUUCACAUGCAACUGUACCCCGGCUGGUCUGCGCGGGACAACUAUGGGAAGAAGAAGAAGAGGAAAAGGGACAAGCAGCCUGGAGAGACCAAUGAACACAGCGAAUGUUUCCUAAAUCCUUGCCUUUCACUUCCUCCGAUUACAGAUGCAAAUACUCCAAAGAAGUGUCGGGCACUGUUCGGGCUUGACCGACAGACUUUAUGGUGCAAACCGUGCAGGAGAAAAAAAAAGUGCGUUCGCUACAUACAAGGUGAAGGCAGCUGCCUCAGUCCACCCUCUUCAGAUGGAAGCUUACUAGACUCGCCUCCUCCCUCCCCCAACCUGCUAGGCUCCCCUCCCCAAGACGCCAAGUCACAGACUGAGCAGACCCAGCCUCUCUCGCUGUCCCUGAAGCCCGAUCCCCUGGCCCACCUGUCCAUGAUGCCUCCGCCGCCUGCCCUCCUGCUUGCCGAGGCCGCCCACGGCAAGGCCCCCGCCCUCUGUCCCAACGGGGCCCUGGACCUGCCUCCCGCCGCCCUGCAGCCGCCCAUCCUGUCCUCCUCUCUUGCACAGCCGUCAACAUCUUCCUUACAUUCCCACAACUCUCUGGCCGGGACCCAGCCCCAGCCGCUGUCCCUCGUGACCAAGUCGUUAGAAUAGCUUUAGCUUCGUUAGCCCCGCCCUGGUCGGUUUGCGUCGUGUUGCGGUUUUUGCUUUUCUUUGUCCCCCCGCCCCACCCCCACCCCCCAGCCUCCUGCACCCCCCCACCCCCUCACCCCUCGGAAAGGUUUUGUUUUGUACUCUUAAUUUUGUGCCACGUGGCUACAUUAGUUGAUGUUUAUGGAGUUCAUUGGUCAAUAUUUGACCCAUUCUUAUUUCAAUUUCUCCUUUUAAAUAUGUAGAUGAGAGAAGAACCUCAUGAUUCUACCAAAAUUUUUAUCAACAGCUGUUUAAAGUCUUUGUAGCGUUUAAAAAAUAUAUAUAUAUACAUAACUGUUAUGUAGUUCGGAUAGCUUAGUUUUAAAAGACUGAUUAAAAAACAAAAAGGAAAAAAAAAAGAAGCAAUUUUGAAGCAGCCCUCCAGAAGGAGUUGGUUCUGUAUUAUUUGUAUUAAAUACGAGCUUGCGAACCAAUCAUUUUACAUCUGGUUUUUAAACCAUAAGGGCACGACGAAUGCAGUGCCAUAUUCCUUUUUUUUUUCUCUGUGUGAAACAACUUUAAUUGUGAUGUUACUUGUUAUUGUUUAAAUGUACAGAAACAAAGGGUUAAAUGUGUUAAUAUACCUUGUUCCAUGGUGUUGUUCUUUUGGGGGGAGGGGGAUGCUACUCAGCAAUUAAUGGAAUCACAACGCUGUUGGACCAGUAGUAUUUAUUGCUUUAGAGAUUGCUUGUUGAACCUGUACGUUGUCCCUUUUAAGAUAUGUUUUACUUUUUCUUGAAACUGUAUAAAGUUUUUUUUCCCCUUAGCAUAAGCAUCUUAUAUAUAACAACUCAUUUGUACAAGGUUUUUAAGUUUAUAUAUAAAAUGUGUAUAUAUAUUUUUUUGUUUCUCUUUUUGACUUUUUUUUUUUUUUUUUGGCUGUAUGAAACCCAGAUGCCGCCAAAUGGACAUUACUAGUUGCAUUAAAGGAUCAGUAGCAUUAACGAAAGUUGCUUUAAAAGCCAUUAUGUAAAACAAGACUUGAAAAUUAGCAAGGGAAUUUUAGCGAGAUGCUGUGUGAGCAGCCGUGGGAGCCAACCCUGUUUCUCCUUUGAACCAUAGUCGGCAGCUCUGUACCCUUAGGACACGGCCUGACUGUGUGCAGAACUUUAUGUGCCAAAAUUCUCAGUGACUUUAGCUUUCUCCCUCUUUUUGAUGCUGUAAUUUUUGUUCAUCAUGUUUUGCUGUGAUGUUACAUAGGUAGAUUUGUAUGUAGUUUUAAUGUCACUUAUAACAAGAUGUGUUUGGUAGCAGAUUGUCCAGAAAGCAUUUUAAAUGAAGAGGUAUAAACCCUUAGGGGCCAAAAUUCUGUAUAUUAGAUUACUCUUAAAGGAAAAACCAGCUGCCGCUUUUAUGUACACGUAUGACAUACAAGUAGGUGGCAAACUUUACAAAUAAAAAAAAAAACCUAGGCAUGUUGAUGUUGCAAAAUGCUGUAUAAAGCUGAAACCCGUUCAUUCAGUGCCAUUGUAGUUGACAUGAAGCGAUUGUAAAACUGUCUCCAAUUUUUCUCUGGUUUAUUAAAAUGCUAACUAUAACAUUUUUUGUGAAUACUUUGAAUGUUUCCUAACAGUUGUGAUGUUACUGUUCCGUUUUAUGCUCUUACUCCAAUUUCAUUUUUAAUGGUUUGGAAGCCAUUUUUGUAAUGAAUAAAUGUUCAUGCUGUACAGUAUCUGUAGCAUGCCGUUCUGGAUUAAUAAAAGCAACUUAGUAUGUGCA